UGCAACAACAAAAAAAUGAAUAUUGAGAAAAUAGUUUCAAAGGUAUAUCUUUCCGCAGUUCUUGUGACGUCAUUAGCGUUAAACAUCACUGCUUUUUACAUUACUUUAUUAAAAGUAAAGAAAAAGGAACUGACUCAUUUCUUUAUUGUAAGCAUUUCUAUUACAAACUUACUUGAAUCGACGGUUGGAAUAAUACCUCAAUUAGUAAUAUCCAACGACUCUUUGUUGGAGAGAACUCCGUUAUGCAUUUCAAGCGGUUUUGCUGUUUUAGGAUUUGCAAUAACUAAUAUCACACAUUUGGCGGUACUUUCAUUUAUCAGAACUGUGGCUAUAAAAUACCCGAUGCUUUAUUUAAAGUAUCAUAAAAUGAUUUGGUGUAGAGUAACGCUAAUUUUAGUAUGUUAUGCGUACGGGUUUGUUUGGGCAACACUUCCUUUAAUUGGUUGGUCAAAAUAUGAUUUAGAUCUUGAUAAGAAGCGAUGUUCGUUAGAUUGGAAAUUAACAAAAUCAAAUUCUUUUUCAUAUAUUUUAGCUAUUUAUAUUUGUUGCAAUAUUUUACCAGGAAUAGUCGUUGCAUUAACGUUGUAUUUUAGCAAAAAAACAAUUUAUCGCCGACAGUCUUGUAAGUUACGUAAAAAUUUCAAAAAAGGUAGAUUAGAAAGAGAAUAUUUGAAAAUAUGUUAUUUAUCAGCAAUAGCAUAUUUUUUCUUUUGGACAACAUACGCAGUUAUUGGUGCUUUGACAUUAUUACAAAUUCAAAUUUCACCGAUUUUGGCCACAUUCACAGCAUUAAUAACAAAACUCUCCACAAUUUCUAAUGUAGUUGUUAAUUGCUUUGUUUUAAAAUCUUUUAGAAAUCAUUUCAUUAACUUAAAAUUUAUAAGAAUAAUAAAAAAAUACCUUGAAGUAUUGAAAGUUAAAAAACAUUCGAAAUUAGAUCAUACCGUAUAA